GCUAUUCCUCACUACAGAACCUUUCACAUUCUCCUUCCGAGUCCCACCUUCUACUUCACUCCUACACCAUCUUUUCUGAUGUCUGCAUCUUUUCUGCAACUUGAGUCUCUGAAAUGUUGAACUGAGCUAAGGUUGUAACUUUGUCAAUGAGGGGUCCUUUGGGUGCAGUUGUUGGGAGGUAUCCAUCAAGUGAUGGAACUACCCAUUUGGGUGGAAUCAUAAGGCACAGCAGGAAAUGUAGAGACAUACUUGUUCUUGUCAUCUUUAUAGCGUUCUGGAUUUCCAUGAUUGUCAACUCCAGCUUUGCUUUUAACAAAGGAAACCCAUUAAUGCUUACUUUUGGGCUAGAUUACAAAGGAAAUGUGUGUGGGGACAAGCACGAAGGCCUUCACGAACUGGAGCUCAAAUACUGGCUAAACCCUUAUCAGGUUUAUCAAAGUGGUUUGAAGGAUAGUGAGUUCAAACUAGCCAAUGCCCGCAGUAUAUGCUUGUUGGACUGCCCUAAUCCUCCUGAUGAUUCACUAAGUUGGGUGUGUGAUUAUCCGGAAGGAGAUAUUCGUGUUUCAAUGAAUGACUGGAUUGAUAUGAACUAUGAUUAUUAUGAGUUCCUUACGCCAGAAAUGAAAAACUCCUCUCUUCAACUUCAGGGCCCUUGUUAUCCUGUCAUAUUUCCUAGUAUAAAUGUUUACUGGAGUUGUCAGUUCAUUGCUCGAGCAUCAAAUUCGUCUUUAACACAUUGGCAGAAGCUGGGUGGAGUCAACAUAAAUGAAGACAUUGUCAUUGAUAAGUCCAUUCACAAGCAUAUCAAUUCUUGGUCAGCUGUCUUAAAGAGAUACAUGGCAGACAUAGGAAAGGCAUGGCCUGUGCUGAUUGUUUGCGGAGGGAUUUUACCUCUGUUUCUGUCUGUUAUUUGGCUGGUAAUGAUUCGGCAUUUUGUUACUGCAAUGCCUUGGAUAACGGUGGUUUUAUUUAAUGUUCUAAUAGUAUCGGUUACAAUGUUCUACUACCUAAAAGCUGGAUGGAUAGGAAAUGAUGCUAUUUCACCCAUAAUUGGUGAGCAUGACCCGUACAUUCAUGUAUAUGGUAGGGCGCUGACUCAUCUACAUGUUGUCACUGUGCUUAUGACCUUUAUCAUGGUUGUUGCCAUUCUUACGUCAAUAGCUAUUGUUCGACGCAUUCUUCUGGCAACUUCUGUUCUCAAGGUUGCUGCAAAAGUAAUAGGAGAAGUUCAAGCACUUAUUAUUUUUCCAAUCAUUCCUUAUGGUAUCCUUGCGGUGUUCUACAUGUUCUGGAUUUCUGCUGCGCUCCAUUUGUUUAGCUCUGGUAAGGUUGUUUACAAUAACUGCAACUCUAACUGCUGCGCAUAUGACCUCAUGGAGAAAAGGGUGAUCUGUGAUCAUUGUUGUGGAUAUAGCAUUCAUUACACACCACAUAUUGGAGUUGCCAUCCUUUUUCACCUAUUUGGGUGUUACUGGGCUACACAAUUUUUCAUAGCAUGCUCAUCAACUGUGAUUUCCGGAUCUGUUGCCUCUUAUUAUUGGGCCCGUGGUGAAUCAUCUCCAGAAAUUCCUUUUCUUUCAGUGUUUUCCGCCAUGAAGAGGCUUAUGUGUUACAGUCUUGGUUCUGUGGCUCUUGCCUCUCUUACUGUAUCAUUUGUAGAGUCAAUUCGCUUCCUGCUUGAAUCUAUUCGCCGCAAACUGAAGGUCUCCGGUCACGUGCCUGAUAGCUGGAUUGGCAAGGCCGCACAUCAAUCUUCUCAAUUUUUUCUAAGGUGUAUUGAGUGGACCCUCAAAUCAGUGAACCGGAAUGCUUACAUCAUGAUUGCUAUAACCGGUAAAAGUUUCUUUCGAGCUUCUUCUAUUGCAACAGAACUGAUCAUGAAUAACAUCCUACGAAUUGGGCGCGUCAAUGUGAUUGGAGAUGUUGUUUUAUUUCUUGGAAAACUAUGUGUCAGCCUCUCAAGUGCUGUUUUUGCUUUCCUCAUGUUGGACACUCACAAGUACAAAUCUGCACAUAACAAGAUCUCAUCUCCGCUCUUUCCUGUGGUGGUUUGCUGGGCUCUUGGAUAUAUUGUUGCAACUCUUUUCUUUGCAGUUGUAGAGAUGUCAAUUGACACCAUCAUUCUCUCAUACUGCCAGGAUUCGGAAGAGCAUGGGACACCACAGUAUGCUCCUCCCCUUCUCAUUGCAACUCUCAGUGACCAAAAUGAGAUGCAAAGACUGACACAAGGAGCCUGAUGAAAUAUUUCAGUGCAUUAUUUUCUCAGUGGUGACUUUCAACGGAGCUUAAGGAUUUAGAAUUUUGUUUAGGAGCUUAUUUUUGACACCUGAGUUCUGUUGUUACCCUUGUAUAUAUAUACUCCCUCCGGUCCUAUUUAUAAGCAUGAAAGAGAAGAAAAAACUUGGUCCUUUUUAGAAGAACCAAAUGAAAGUUUGAGCUAUAUUAAUUAAUUUUUUCCAAUGAUGCCCUUAUUAAUUCUAACUUGUAAAAUGUGUCUCAUUAAUUAUUCUCUCUCUUUUCCACUUUCCAACACUAAUAACAAAGGGUAAUUUUGGAAGUUCAUUUUAAUUUAAGAUAAAUUUAAUGCAUUUUAUCUAGUUUAACUACAUUUCUUAAACUAUGUGAAUUUUUUUUUUGUUGCUUAUAAAUAGAACCGGAGGGAGUAUAUAAUGUUGGACAAAAGUUCCCCUUGGUGGUUAGCAUUUUAGGUAGUUUUAUUUACCGAUGGUUAUGCUAGGAUAUUAUGUUAUGUGCACAAAUAGAACAGAACAGAUUCCGUAGUUGAUCUUAUUUAAUCAUAUGAUCUGUA